ACAGGAUGCGCUCGCGCCGUGUGGCUGUGGUGCUGAGUGCCAGGUGACGCAGGGAGGCAGAGAGAGCUAGUACACAGACGUUAGCCCAGAUUCAACGGUUAAAAAUCAACUUUUACAUUCGCUAACAUGGCGAAACAAAGCUCCCUCUUCAACUUCUUCACCAAGUCUCCUCCGCCGGUGUCCAAGCCGAAGCCGAGCCCUUCUCCGGCCGAGGCAGACCUGCCUUCCGCGGUGGAAAAGUCCAACUCCUCUCCGAAGGAAGAAGCUAAACAGACUCAGCAACAACAGCCAGCCGUGACCAAGAAACCGAAAAGUAAUUCCAGCAAUGCUAAAGGAGGAUUUAAGAAGCUAUUUGGAGAUAAAGCACCUCCAGCUAAACAGAGCAGCCCCUCAUGCUCAUUUAAUGCUGGGGCUCUUGUGUGGACCAAACUGGAGGGACACCCCUGGUGGCCGUGCAUGGUCGUACCUCAGCCUCUGACGGGGCAGCAGAUGAGAGGCCGGGGGCGGGACCAGCGCCUGCAUGUCCAUUUCUUUGAUGAACCCCCAACAAGAGGAUGGGUCAGCACCAAAUACGUCAGAGAGUACCAAGGCUCUAACCAUAGUGAUUCUAAACCAGGAGGAGUCUUUUUCUGUGGCAAACCUGUGAUCCGCCGGGCGAUGGAGCUCGCUGAUGCAGUUAUGUCUGACAGCCCUGAAAAAAGAAUGAAGAUGCCGAUCUGUAUGGAGCCUUCUGAUGAGGAAGAGGAUGAGGAGGAUGAAGAAAUGGAGCUUGAUAAGUCAACGCUGUCUGACGAAGAGCUCAGUGAUGAGGAUGAGUAUAAAAACGAGGCCAAAAAAUCUCCCAAAGUCGGCCGCCGUUCGUCUCGUGCUGCCAAAGAAAAAGGAAACAAGGCCAAACGCCGCCGCAUCAUUGUAGCCUCAGACAGCGAAGGAUCAGACGAGGACUUCAAACCAGAUCAAGCUGCAUCCAGCAGUGAGGAUGAAGAGGAGGAGGGCGUGGUGAGCAGUGAAGAGGAGGAGGCAGAGAGCAUGGAAGAGUCGGAAGCCGAUAGUCCUGUUAAACCAGCAAAGCGCAAGCGUCCUGCUGAAAAGUCCACAAAGGCAAAAGCACCCUCGAUUCCAGCUAUUACACCAAAAAGAGCUCCUGCAGCCGUCACAGCUGACACAAAAUCUCGUCUGUCAGCCUUCUCUGCUCCUGACACCUUCGAGAGCCAGACGAAUGGAUCAGGAACAAGCGGAGGAGCAACGAUCUGGGACCAUGAGAAGCUGGAUUGGCUGCAGGAUGGCAGGAGGAAAGAUGGCAACAGGCGCAGACAGUCAGAGGAUGAUUAUGAUCCCACAAGCUUAUACGUGCCUGAAGACUUUCUGAACAGAAACACUCCUGGGAUGCGUCGCUGGUGGCAGCUCAAGUCUACGAUGUUUGAUACUGUCGUUUUCUACAAGGUGGGCAAGUUUUACGAGCUCUACCACAUGGACGCAGUGAUUGGAGUAAAUGAGCUGGGACUGACGUUUAUGAAGGGCACAUGGGCACACUCGGGCUUUCCUGAGAUCGGCUUUGCCCGUUUCUCAGACGUGCUGGUUCAGAAAGGUUACAAGGUGGCUCGUGUGGAGCAGACGGAGACCCCUGAGAUGAUGGAAGCCCGCUGUAAGACGAUGUUAAAACCCACAAAGUUUGACAAGGUUGUGAGGCGAGAGGUGUGCAGGAUUAUCACAAAGGGAACCCAGACGUACAGUGUGCUGGAUGGUGCUCCCUCUGAGAGCCAGAGCAAGUUCCUGCUGAGUCUGAAGGAAAAAGCUGAAGAAGAAAGCUCUGGUCGCUGCCGCACGUACGGGGUCUGUUUUGUCGACACCUCUGUGGGGUACUUCCAUGUUGGUCAGUUCCCAGAUGAUCGUCACUGCUCUCGUUUGCGCACCCUGAUUGCACACUUUGCUCCUGCAGAAGUGCUCUUUGAAAAGGGGAACCUAUCUGUUGAAACACGUAAAAUACUCAAAGCUUCUCUGUCAUCUGCACUCCAGGAAGGACUGAACGCAGGCACUCAGUUCUGGGACGCUCAGAAGACUCUUAAAACUUUCUCCGAAGAGGAUUACUUCAGAGAGACGGCUGGGAAAGAUCAGGAGAAGGGGAACAGUUUUCUUCCUACUCUUCUUAAAAAGAUGACGUCUGAAAGUGACUCUCUGGGUUUAACUCCUAAAGAAGGCUACGAGCUGGCUCUGUCAGCGCUGGGCAGCUGCAUUUUCUACCUGAAGAAAUGUCUGGUCGAUCAAGAACUACUCUCCAUGGCUAACUUUGAAGAGUACAUCCCUGUUGAUGUGGAAUUGGAGAAAGCUGCAGGACCUGCUAGUUUCUUUGCCCAGACUCGUCAGCGCAUGGUCCUAGAUGGAGUGACUCUAGCAAACUUGGAGAUCUUUCAGAAUGGCUCAGGAGGAACAGAAGGGACACUGCUGGAGAGAUUGGACACCUGCUCUACUCCAUUUGGUAAGAGGCUGCUGAAGCAGUGGCUCUGUGCUCCUCUGUGUAACCCCACAUCCAUAAAUGAUAGACUGGACGCAGUGGAGGACUUCAUGGGAUCACCAGCUCAGGCUACAGAGGUGUCAGACCUGCUCAAGAAGCUCCCAGAUUUGGAGCGCCUUCUAAGUAAAAUCCACAGCAUUGGCACUCCUCUGAAGGGCCAGGAUCACCCCGACAGCAGAGCCGUUCUCUAUGAGGAGGUCACCUACAGUAAGCGCAAGAUUGCAGACUUCCUCUCAGCACUGGAAGGAUUCAAAACAAUGCAGGAGAUCAUUUCUGUUCUCACUCCUGUAGCAGAGGAGUCUCGAUCCACACUGCUCCGCCAAGUUGUCACAUUAAAAAAUGAAAAAGGCGGCCUUUUCCCCGACCUCACUGCUGAGCUGAGACGCUGGGAAACCGCCUUUGACCACCAGAAAGCUCGCACAACAGGCGUCAUAACCCCUAAAACUGGCUUUGACCCAGAGUAUGACCAUGCUCUGACUGCUAUCAAAAGCUGUGAGCGUGAGCUGCAGGAAUACUUGGACAGGCAGAAGAAGAGACUGGGUUGUAAAAACAUGGCUUACUGGGGGACUGGAAAGAACCGCUACCAGAUGGAGGUGCCAGACAGCGUCUCAGAGAGGAAUAUUCCUGAGGAGUACGAGGUGAAGUCCACAAAGAAGGGGUGGAAGCGUUACGUGACAAAGGAGAGCGAGCGGCUGUUUGCAGAGCUGCAGGGAUUUGAGGAGAAGAGAGACGCCGCCCUGAGAGACUGCAUGAGAAGACUUUUCUACAACUUUGACAAAAACUACAAAGACUGGAAGACAGGGGUGGAGUGCAUGGCAGUGCUGGACGUGCUCCUGGCUCUGUCUCGAUACAGCCAGGGUGGAGACGGGCCAAUGGCGAGGCCACAGGUGGUUCUCCCUGAGGGUGAGGACCAGGCAGCACCCUUCAUUGACCUCACAGGAUCCCGACACCCUUGUGUCACAAAGACCUUUUUUGGCGAUGAUUUCAUUCCUAACGACAUUUACAUUGGCUGUCCUGGAAGCAGCGAGAACAAGGAGGAAAACAUUACCGCCUCAUGUGUCCUAGUAACCGGACCAAACAUGGGAGGAAAGUCUACUCUCAUGAGACAGUGUGGACUGGUGAUCAUCCUCGCUCAGCUCGGGUGUUACGUUCCAGCUGAGAGCCUUCGUUUCUCUCCAGUCGACAGGGUCUUCACUCGGCUGGGAGCCUCAGAUCGUAUCAUGGCAGGAGAGAGUACCUUCUUUGUGGAGCUGAGUGAGACAGCCAGCAUCCUUCACCACGCCACCAAACACUCCCUUGUGCUCCUGGAUGAAUUGGGACGGGGCACAGCCACAUAUGAUGGCACAGCGAUCGCCAGCGCUGUCGUGAAGGAGCUUGCUGAGAAAGUCUGCUGCCGCACGCUCUUCUCCACACAUUACCACUCCCUGGUGGAAGACUAUGCCAACAACCCUGCCGUGCGACUCGGACACAUGGCAUGCAUGGUGGAGAACGAAUGCGAGGAUCCAAGUCAAGAGACCAUCACGUUCCUCUACAAGUUCAUCUCCGGCGCCUGUCCCAAGAGUUACGGCUUCAACGCUGCUCGACUCGCCAGCCUACCUGAGGAGGUCAUCCAAUCAGGACACAAGAAGGCUCGAGAGUUUGAGAAGAGCACCAUCAGCCUCCGUCUUUUCAAGAAGCUGUGCCAGUUUGCUGAAGACACCACUCUGGGAAAAACCCACUUUUCUUCUCUGGUUCAGAUGCUCAACACACUGUAGUUUGUACCCAAACCCUUUGGUUCUGCUGAUUUUGUUUUCUCAGCACUUGAAAAAAC